AUGCAGGAUGUGCAGAACUCGAGCCCCCACCGUGGAAGCCAGCACAUCGUCCACAAACCAGAUACCAUUGUCUUCUGUGAAAUCGAAAGCAUAGAGCCGCCGAAUGCGAAUCCUGAAUCCGACGUCUUUCAAAGGCCAGCAAGACCAGUCAAGAUCGAUGCGGAUCACUCGGCCCCGCGCCUUUCCCAGCCAAGGAAGGCUCCCGACUCAACUCCCAUCCGCAAGUCCCUGAUGCUUAUCCACCUCACCGUGCACCGCAGGCAUAUCAGUCCCCCCUGGUGGACGUGCUUUCGAAGACCAGCGAGAGCGAUGCUGACGACUCGACUCGGCCCUGCACCAACAAACUCGUUCCUGUCUCUCGACUCCAUCUCCGAGUCCUCACGCUCCUCACACCACGUACAUAUCAGUCCCAUAUGUGGGUUCCCGACGCGAGCGGUCGCACGGCCGAUUCUCGUUCCGCAGUUCUGCGUUUUGGGGAGCUGGAAUAGUCGUGUGCGCCGUGAUCUCUGUGCCAGGUGUGUUCUCCGCCCGCAUGAGGGUACCCGAAUUGCAGACGUGGCUGGCGACGUUGCGUUCCUCGUGGAAAUCGGCGCAUCGUCCACGAAGUGCAUAUCCCUCCCUUCAAUGCAGAAGAAGGUUUGGCGCAGGCGAAAGGUUUAA